CAAGACGCCAUUGGUGGACCGCAUUUUGUUGUCCACUCCUGCCUGCUUCCGUCUAAACAAAGACCUGCCCCCUUUUUUUCCUCCAUGAGGAUUUCUCCGCCGCCCGUCGUUACUUUUACGUGUAAUCACGAUUACUAAAUCGGAUUACGACACAUUUAUUGCUUUUUAAGUGCUUUUGGCGCUCACACGCGGCUUCCCAAAUGGACACGGAGUUCAAUGAAGGCUGUGGCGAGACCAAAUCGGCCAUCCAUUCUUGGCGUUAUCGCCACCAUUUCACGUACAAGGCAGAUCAAGGAAAAAAUAUCAUCGUGCAAUGUAAUCUGUGUCUGCCGAGGGUAAACCUGCUGUCCACGUCCAAGACGUCCACGUCCAACCUAAAGAAGCAUUUGGACAGAACACAUCUAGGAUGCGAUGCCAGGCCCGAUGCGAAGCGAGGGAGGAAGAAGGAGGAGUACAACGGCGAGGAAAGUAGCCACUGUCAACUCAAAAAGAUCAAAGCGGAGAUCCUCUCCAAAUGCAUGACCCAAGAGAAGAUCGACGAGCUCAUCUUCAACUACAUCGUGGAGGACUGUCAGCCGUUUCAUGUGCUGGAGCAGCCCGGCUUCAAGAAGCUGAUCACGGGUUUAACCGAGGGUCUCCAUCCCAUGGACAGGGUAACCUUAUUCUCCAAGGUGGACCUCAGUUUCUCGAGGAUGCGCGACGAGCUGAUGGCCAAGCUGGCCGCCGUCCAGUACGUGUGCACCACGGCCGACUUGUGGACCGUCGGCGGCGGCAGCUUCUUCGGCAUGACGUGCCACUGGAUCGACAGCAACUCGCUGGAGCGUAAGUCGGCGGCUCUGGGCUUCGCCAGGAUGCAGGGCCGGCUCACGUACGACUCGGUGGCUGGGAGGAUACACGACAUCCACGUGGCGUACGGUAUCGAAAGCAAAGUCCAGACCACCGUCACCGACAACGCCAGCCCAUUUGUCAACGUGUUCAAAGAGUUUGCGCUGGACGGCACGGAUUGCAACGACGACGUCGGGGUUUUUGAAAACGUCUGCGCCGUGCUGGAGGGCGAGCCGGAGCAGGACAUGCUCCUGUUCCUGCCCACCAUCCAGCGGUGCGCCUCGCACACUUUAGAGCAGAUCGUCACGGAGGACUUCUGGCGGGCUGUGUCACAGGGACCCAUGUGCCAGCUUUAUUACAGCACGAUGUCCAAGGUCUACUCCAUUUGGACCAAAUGCCACCACCUCCAGGUCGGCAUGGAAGCGGCGGAGGAGAUCCGGAAGAUGGCCUUGUUUGUCCCGGCCGUCAUCCGCUGGAACGUGGAGUACUGCGCCCUGCAGAAGAUCAUCUCUCUCACAGAACGGGAGCUGACUGAGCUCUCGGCCCGCCUGGAUGUGGCGCGCCUGCAGCCCGAGGAGAUGGACUUCCUCAAAGAGUACGUCACCGUGUUCCACCCGCUGGCUUUCGCGCUGGAGCUUCUCCAAGCCGAGCAGAAAUGCUACCUGGGCCUGGUCAUCCCCACCGUGCUCAGCCUGAAGAACAAGCUGAACGAGCACAAGGAUUCGGCCAAGUACUUCGGCGACGUCAUCGUCGCCAUGGUGAGCGCCAUCGACACGCGCUUCCGCGAGUUGUUCGCCAGCGACGAGGCCAAGUUUGCCACGGCCACCACCCCGCAGUUCCGCCUGUGGUGGCUGGCCGCCUCCGAGCGGGAGGAGAUGUGCUCCCUGCUGGCCACCGAGGCCUCCCAGGUGGACCCCUGCGACGUGAUCGAGAUCAACACCAGCCAAAACGUCUCCACCAUCAAAUCCGAAGACGACUUUUUCAGUUACGGCUCGGCCAAGCUGACGGCUCACGUGCAGGAGCGCGGAGUCACCGAGGAGAUCCGCAAGUACGUGGAAGGAACCGGCAAGAGCCUCGAGUGCUUGCAGGACUUCCCCAGGGUGAAGCAGUUGUUCCUCAAGUACAACACCACCUUGCCGUCCACGGCGCCCAUCCAGAGGCUUUUCAGCGAGAAGGGCAACUUGGCCACCUCGCAACGAAACUUUCUGACGGACGACUACUUUGAACGCAUUCAACUGCUGAGAUACAACGUCAACGUGUGCGCCGUGCUCAACAGCUGAGCGCGUUUGACCGCUUUCAAAAGAACCCGACGUACAGUACGUCCUCAAGUAGUGGCCGUUUGUUCACUCAAAUAAAAUGAGGUUGGGAGGGAGGCCUUCAUCAGUUCCAACGCAUUUUUGGAAUAUUUUAACUCACGAUUAUUUCAAUGAUUGAUUAUACUG